GACGUCAAAAAUAUGAAGUUGGUUUUGCUGUCGAUGUUGUGAUUAUUUCACAUUGUGAAAUCGUAGUAAAAUACGAUAAAAAUAGUACCUAGAAUUCGAACUGCGGCAAUAGAUUUUAAUUUUGCUAUGUGUAAAACUUUCAGGACAUAAACUAUCGUUGUUUUGUUCUCAUAGUAAACUGCGCAAGUUUCAAAAAUGUUGAGUAUCUCUCAACUUUGUCGCUGCGCUCAGCCACUAAGGGCAAUGCAGAGCAAGCUGGUAGUAUCUGCGACUAGAAAUGGCUUCAACUCCAGCAAAAUGAUCACCAGACAGCUGUGCACGCCAAUGAAAAAUGGAAACAGUAACAAAAUCGGUUUUAGAAUAAAAGAGUUGUUGAAGUCGAACCAAAUCGCUGUCCGCCUGUGUGCCAGCGCUCCCAAGCCACAGAUGGCCAAGGUGGUCGGCUACUGGCUGCUGGGCUGCAGCGGAAUGGUGUUCACAGCGGUCGUGCUAGGAGGAGUAACACGACUGACCGAGUCUGGGCUGUCGAUGGUGACGUGGAAACUCUUGGGCGAAAAGCUGCCGACAACAGAAGAGGAAUGGCAGCGCGAAUUCGAGAAGUACCAGCAGUUUCCAGAGUUCAAAUACAAGAAUCAGAACAUAACACUCAACGAGUUCAAAUGGAUCUGGUGGAUGGAAUACGCACACCGCACGUGGGGCCGCGCUAUAGGCGCCUGUAUGUUCCUGCCCGCCGCCUUCUUCUGGGCGCGCGGGUACCUAGACAAGGCAAUGAAGAUCAGGGUGGGGGUGUACUGUGCCCUGGUGGCUGCACAGGGCCUAAUGGGCUGGUACAUGGUAAAGUCGGGCCUAGAAGACCGCUUCCAAGGCCCCUCGGACGUGCCGCGGGUGUCUCAGUACCGACUCGCGGCGCAUCUGUCGCUGGCCUUCGUGUUAUACUCGGGGCUGCUGGCUGGAGCCCUGCGGGUGCUCCGCCCCUUUCCAGCUGGCGGGGUGGUGCAGAAACUCAAGGGGUUAAAGGGCAUGACGGCGUUAGCGCAUACCGUGAAGGCUAUGGCUUUCUUUACCGCCGUUUCUGGUGCAUUCGUGGCCGGCCUAGACGCAGGUCUAGUCUACAACUCAUUUCCAAAAAUGGGCGACGACUGGUUACCUCCAGACAUCAUGUCCUUCCAGCCACCCGUGAGAAACUUCACCGAGAAUCCUACCACCGUGCAGUUUGACCACCGAGUGUUGGGAACUUGUACCCUUAUAGCGGCGACUUGUUGCUGGUUGAUGGCUAGGAGGGCGCCGCUGUCGCCUGCUGCGAGGAGAGUGGCUACCGCUGUGGGCGCUAUGGCGUGGCUUCAGGUGUCGCUGGGCAUCGCAACGCUUCUGACCUACGUGCCCACACCACUCGCCGCGUCGCACCAGUCGGGCUCGCUGCUGCUGCUAACACUGGCCAUCUGGCUCACGCACGAGAUCAAGCUGCUCAAAUACAUCCCAAAGUGAUGACCGCGUGUUCCGCACUAAAGCCCGGUCCGUGAGCACGUAGAAUUUUGUCCAAUGACCCCAAGCUACCCAUCCUUAUCGCUCGCGCGUAAUUAUAUUGCUGACGCGACUGUGCGACGCGCGCCCGCAGUGAGUGUGCAAGCGCGAUAGCAACAUAAUUACGCGCGAGCGAUAAGGAUGGGUAGCUUGGGGUCAUUGGACAAAAUUCUACGAGCUCACGGACCAGACUAUAGACGUAUUAUUAGUCGCAUCGCCUCUAUUAUAAGUGGAUGCUAGUUUACCUUGGUAAGCCGUCAGUUUUUUUAUUCAGUACUUAGACCCUUUCCAGGGCGCUUAUACAGUUAUACACGUCCCAAAUAUAGAUUGCCCUACCACUAGACAACAUAUUAUGGGCUGGUGCUGUGAAGUGGCGGAAGAAACUCAGUCACCUUUGUCAGCCUCUUUUUCAAUCAGAUACAGCAAAUAAUACUUACAUUCAACUUAAAACAAGAUGUGUAAUAAGUGCGAGCUAGGCAGGUAAAGUCCACGCACUCAUUAUGGUCGUCUGUAAUUUGCAUUGUGACCAGGCGAAUGAUAUUUUUUUGACACUGGAGGUCUAAGCAUAUUUUCAGUUGUACAUAUCUUAUACAAAAAAUUUAGUAACGAUGACAUCAGUUUCAUCAAACUGUGAAGAUUUUUGUUAGUAUAAAAUCCAAUAUUCAAUAGUUUGUAAAAAAGGACGUCCUGUCCUUGCUAUUUCACUUCAAUAUUAAUUUUUAAACAGUAUUUUAUCCGCAUUUAUAAUUACUUACUUACUAUUACAUUGUAAAUUCUUUUGAGCUGUUUUUAUUACUUUAAGACUAGUCAAUAAUUUUAAAAAGUUGUUAAUUUUUGCGAUUUUACCGCAAUACUUACUGCAAACCAUUUUCCUAUGAUAUUAAGUUUCAUUAGUAACAUGAAUAUUUUUUUAAGAAAACGACUGAUUUCUUUGCUGCAUUAGAUAAAAGUUAUUUAAUUGAUUAGAAUGAAAAUAUAACAAUGUUGUUAA